UGCCACACUUGAACUUCGUUUGUCCUCCAAGAUCAGGCCGUGCUCCAUGGGAUCCGUGGAUGAGCAGAGAACUCUUCUCGCCUCUGCUGGAAGUCGGCUGGGCAGGGUUCAAAUAUAGGUCUGAUGUGUGCUCCCCAGCGUGCUCUGCAGACUCCCAGCAACAACGGAGCUGCUGAAACCCGGAGCUCUCCGCAGCCUUACCCUCUUCCUUCCACUCCUUCUGGAAAGGAUUCUCUUCUCAGGAAUAGCAGCCAAGUCUGGUCAGGUUGGAGGCCAGCUCACUGCCUGCCUCCCCUGGGUCAGCAGGAGCUCUGGCCAUAAUUUCACUCUCCGAGCAGCAAAACCCAACUCGGUUGAAAAGGGAAAGAGAGAGAAAGGUAACUGAAUGGAGCCGCCCUCGCCGUUCGCUAAAAUGCUUAAUGAGGGGCCCACCUUUUGAAGAGCAGGUUCCCCGGGGAAAUUCUGAAAUGCAAGCUGCAGCCUUCUUGCUCGGCUUGGCUGAUUGCCAAGGCAUCCAGGCCAGCCACUGAGGGACGGAAAUACAACCGGUGGCGAUCCCUUUGCGCCACACAAAACCGCCUCUGCCGCCAAAGGCUCCGGUGGCUUUGGGAACAGCAGACCAGCAGCAGCCCCAGGCUGCCCGGCUCCACGGGGAGGGAAGGUCGCGUCACCAUGUCCCAACAGAAGUGCAUCGUGAUCUUCGCCCUGGUCUGCUGCUUCGCCAUUCUCGUCGCGUUGAUAUUUUCAGCCGUGGACAUCAUGGGGGAGGACGAGGACGGGCUGUCCGAAAAGAAUUGUCAAAAUAAAUGUCGAAUUGCCCUGGUGGAAAAUAUUCCUGAAGGCCUUAACUAUUCAGAAAAUGCACCAUUUCACUUGUCACUUUUCCAAGGCUGGAUGAAUUUACUCAACAUGGCCCAAAAGUCUGUUGACAUCGUGUCUUCCCAUUGGGACCUCAACCACAGUCACCCGUCGGCGUGCCAGGGUCAACGUCUUUUUGAAAAGUUGCUCCAACUGACUUCGCAAAAUAUUGAAAUCAAGCUAGUGAGUGAUGUGACCGCUGAUUCAAAGGUAUUAGAAGCCUUGAAAUUAAAGGGAGCCGAGGUGACCUACAUGAACAUGACCGCCUACAACAAGGGCCGGCUGCAGUCCUCCUUCUGGAUUGUGGACAAACAGCACGUUUACAUCGGCAGUGCUGGCUUGGACUGGCGCUCUCUGGGACAGAUGAAAGAACUCGGUGUCAUCUUCUACAACUGCAGCUGCCUGGUCCUAGACUUACAAAGGAUAUUCGCGUUGUAUAGUUCAUUAAAAUUCAAGAGCAGAGUGCCUCAGACCUGGUCCAAGCGGCUCUACGGAGUCUAUGACAAUGAAAAGAAAUUGCAGCUUCAGUUGAACGAAACCAAAUCUCAAGCGUUUGUGUCGAAUUCUCCCAAACUCUUUUGUCCUAAAAACAGAAGCUUUGACAUCGACGCCAUCUACAGCGUGAUAGAUGAUGCCAAGCAGUACGUGUAUAUCGCCGUCACGGACUACCUGCCCAUCUCCAGCACGAGCACCAAGAGGACUUACUGGCCAGACUUGGAUGGGAAAAUAAGAGAAGCGUUAGUUUUGCGAAGCGUUAAAGUUCGACUCCUCAUAAGCUUCUGGAAGGAAACCGAUCCCCUUACAUUUAACUUCAUUUCGUCUCUUAAAGCUAUUUGCACUGAAAUAGCCAACUGCAGUCUGAAAGUUAGAUUUUUUGAUCUGGAAAGAGAGAAUGCUUGUGCCACAAAAGAACAAAGGGAUCACACCUUUCCUAAGUUGAACCGUAACAAGUACAUGGUGACGGACGGAGCCGCUUACAUUGGGAAUUUCGACUGGGUGGGGAAUGAUUUUACCCAGAACGCGGGCACGGGCCUUGUGAUCAACCAAGCAGACGUGACAAAUGACACAAGCAUCAUCAAGCAGCUGAAAGACGUGUUUGAGAGGGACUGGUACUCGCCCUACGCCCGAAGCUUCCAGCCAACCAAACAGCCGAACUGCUCCGGCCUGUUCCGAUUCAACCCCACCUCCGACAAAACUGUCACUUACAACGCGAGUGGGAAGGACCCCGCGGGUGUCUAACACGUGAAUGAACACGCUGGUGGGACUGCUGGUGUUUCAUAUUUAUACCUAAAGGACUUGAAGAGAGAAAAAACCAUUUAAUAUGUCUUUUUUUAGGGAAAAAGCACACUUAUGGAAAAUAAUCUCUGAUGCACCAUGUAAUAUCUACCCGUAUCUUAGCGGCGUGUACAUGCAAUUUGAGACUUUUGUAUUUGUUACUUCUGACAGAGAAUGUCAUUCCAGCUUGGAAGUUAGUUUUUAUGUUUGCAUACCGAUUUUAAGACUUUGAUGCCUCUUUCUAGUUUUAGGACUUUUUCUGCUGACUCACGUGGUCAGUUCUUAGGAAGCUUAGCAUGAGGUAAGCUCCUGACUAUUCUGAGAACUACCGACUUAGGGAAGAAUGAGGAAUUCACCUUAAACAAGAAACCAAAACAAGUAUUUAUCCCUGUAAACUAUCUCUGAGACCUAUACAGUCAUCUUAGCAUGAAGUUCUCAUGCCACCCUUUAGUACUCUUGAAAAAUACCUUUUUUUUUUGCCUUCUCCUUUUUCAUUUUCUCCUGGUACCAUAAAUGUCUUCCAUAUAAUUUUCUCUUCUCACAAAAUGUUCUUAUGAAAUAGUGUCUUAUAUUCACCUCAACACGAGGUCCCCAAGUACGUCAAUAUUUUUUGAAAGUGUAUGAAUUCCUCAGAAUGGAUACCAAAUGGAAAUAGCAGCCUUUACGUUUCACCUUUCAGCUGCACUUUUUUCUCUACCAAGUGGAUAUUUUAAAAUCACAGCCAGCAAUAUGUACCCUUUCUCUCAAGCUCAGAAAAAUUAUAUAGCCACCUGCUAAUAUCCAGCUAGCUAUGAAGUCUGCAUUAUAGAGAAUAAAGUAGUUUUUUACAUUUUUGUUUCGUUUACAGUAUUAGAAAAGAAAGAUCUCUAUGCGUUAGCGGGUUUCAAUUUCUUUAGAAUCAUCACGCUGUUAAGAGUAUGCCAGCAAACGUUUAUAGAGCUAUUUAAUAUACCUUCUGCUAUUUAAUAUACCAAAUGCGAUUUAAAUACUCUGCUUAACAUAUUUUACUAAGAGACAAAAAUAUUGGAUUAUUGUUCUAUAAUGUCCUUGUGUGUUGUUUUAUAUCUAUCUAUACGAUGUGUAACCCUAUAUUAACAGAGACUGUUGCCACAACAGAGAGAGAGGCGUGGCCUCUUCAGAGCCCAGGCGGCCUCGGGAUGCCCAGUGUCCAUGUCGCUCCCGACUCUCUCCUUGGCCUCGGGUUUCUAUGGGUAAUGCAGGGACAGGAUAUACUCACCUACCUCGCGAAGAUGUUGUUACGGUAGGAAAUAUUUAUAACUUGUUUUGAAAUCAAACGAACCUAUAUAAAUGCUAAGCAUUAUGAUGUAGAAUCUUUUUUCUUGAGAUAAUCUUUGUGGUACCCUGAUAGAAUCCAUCUACCAGGUUCUCCCAGAGAACCAACAAGGGGAAACAAAUUCACAGCUUCUGGUUGCAAAGGUGGAGGAAUACAGUGGCACAAAAACACUGCUGGACAUCGCGACCGUCACCCUUGUGUUGGGUUACUUUGGCAUAAAUAACAGCAAAACAUAAAACUCGACAUUGUGCGAAGGGCUGUUCUUUGGGACUGGCGUGUCCUUGUGCUUUGAGAGCAAAGAAUUGGAGUCUUCACGACAUUUUCUUCUAUUUCUAGAGAUCUGAUUUCUAAAUAUGCCGUAAAGUGACGGAGGAACCCGUGAAUCUUAUCCAGUGGGUUUGCUUGGUGUAGAAAGCCUAUUGUUAGGUAUCUAGCAACCACAUAGCUCCUUUCCUUGUUGUUCCCAAGUAUUGCUCUACUGAAUAUUUAACAGACAGCGAAGAGAGCUGUAUUUUUUCAGGGUAGCAUGUUUUUUAUGAAUGAUUGGAGGAUUUGUAAUGAAAUUCUUCAUCAAUAAUAGCCGGCCCACAAGGCUCCAAAUAUUCACCAUAUACCCAAUCCCUGUUUGAGUGGGAAGUUGUCCAGCCAAGCAGCUUGGUAAAGUAAAGGUGGUUUGGUUGGUGAUGGAAAGCCAGAGCAAGCAAGCAAAGGGCAGGCGUGGAGACAGACACCACGUUCCGUCCAGGGCAAAGAAAGGCAACCUGGGCUGCGUUUGAGAAAGACAUAUGAAUGGAUGACAGAUGGCUACCUGGCUAGUUUUGUCUCCUGGGGGGUUUGUGACAGACACAGGAGGAGUGCCAGCUUGGUGUAAGGGGCCCCUUUGUUGUCACUAUCUUCCACAUGUCAUGGGAGAAGAGAAUCUUGUCCUCUAUGAACUGACCAUCAGUGCCAUUUCCCUCUAAGCCCCUUCAGAAGGUAGCCCCAGGACCUGUGCUCCGGGACUUUCUGCCAUGCGCCAGCAGCAUCAGAGCCCCGCUUGGCCCAGAAGCCCCCCUCUUCAAGGUGGCCCAGGCCGCCGACCCCAAGAGGUGACGCUGGCCUUCUGUGGCAGCCCGGGGAACAGCCCUGGCGCAGAGUGUUGUGACUGGCUCCACGUCUCCCAAGAGGACAUUUCAUCCUGCAGAACUUUUUCAUUUGGACGCUUUGUCUACCCCUCCAGGAGGGGUCUUCCCCGCUUUUACACUGUGUCUGUGCUGGACAGACUACCGACUUCCAUUUCCCCCACAAACGUCCCAGGGAUGCCCUCCCCGGGGAUGGGGGAGGGAAAGCAAACACAAAUCUGACUAUACUUUAGAUUUCUGUGCCACUUCCAUCAACCCAGUGCCUUACGUAACCCCAAGCACUGCUUUUGAACAGUGAUUCGCUGCAUGAGAAACUUCUGGUGGGCCCUCCAGGUGAAAACUUGCAUUCAAGUGUCUGCACAUUCCAUGCAGCCUGCUCUUUCCCAGCCACACAGAUCAAAUCGUUGACACACACUCAAAUAUCAAUUCUGUGGGUCCCCACGGCAUUGCCACAGGCCACUAGCAUAUCAAAUCAUUGCAUUACUGCUUAUCACACCACUGUAGAGGACACAGAACAUUCUGGAUUAUAUCCACGCUCUGGAGACAGCACACUUUGAGUACCUGAAAAUGACAGAAGCAAGGCACACUGAACAUGUCCCCACUGUCUUUAAAAGACCCUAGAAAGAGAUACUUCAAGGACUUCUGAAGUCUCAUGGGACAUGGAAGGCAAACCAGUGUCUUUAAAAAGUCAAGGCAGAGCCAGUAGAAGAAAUGAAAGGGCUGCGGGUGAACUUGGUGUCUGUGUAGCACUGGGCACCCCUUUUCCCAUGGGGCUGUGUCUGUGCUCUUGCUUGUCUCGCUUCUGAUCUGGUCCUGGGGGAGAUGAGCCCGAUCACAGCUCUGGUUGAUCUUCCCCUUUGAAAACUGCGUUCUGUUGCUGCAGUUCAAAGUGCCUCGCAGAACCUGGGGUUGACGGCAGCGCCGCUCCCCAGCCUGUGGUUAUUCUCAAGUGACUUUGAUUCAUUCUGAGUUUUCUGUUGGGGUUUAAGAACUUUUAUUGAACUCAGUUCUAAG